AUGAGAGAGAGUAGCCAUAGACCUCUCAUAUUUGGAACCCCUUUCCUGUCUACUGUGGGUGCCAUAUUUGAUUUCCCCAAUCAAAGAAUCUCUUUCAACAAGGUGAACAAGGGUAUGUUCUUCCCUAUGUGUUCAACAAAGAACUCUUUUGUUGACAUGGUCCAAGAGGAGAAAGCUACUUUGAAGCCACCCCAAGAAGGAGAAACUGAAGAAACAAUCAAGGAAGAUCCCAUUCCUAAGCCCAAGCAGCUUGCCAAACAAGCAAGGAGUAAGACUAAGGCCCCUACACCAAAACCGCCCAAGGGAUCAACCAAGAUUGAAGAUGAGGCCAAGCCAAGAAGGAAGGUUAGAAAGCCUAGGUCUGGCCGCAACAUGAAGCUUCUAUUCCCAAAGGAGCUUAUUGAUGAGAAUCUAGAAGGAUUCAAGGAGAAAAUACUCAUUGCAAGGAGAAAAGACUUGGAGGAUCAAGAUGCCUCUUGUCUCCAUCUUCUCCUGAGCGCCAAGCCUUACAGUCAAGCUAAAGACUUAAAACAAGCGCUGCAUGGGAGGCAACCCAUGAGGAUAGAAGGAGAAAAAGGUGUGAAAACACAAUCCGCGAAAACAUUGGCCGCGGACGCGCAAAAAGUUUUGGCCGAGCAAUUCCAACCGGGCCGACCGUACCGGUCGAGCCGGGAAGGAACGGCGUGCUCGGCCGGAUACUACGCGCGACAAAACCGUCCGAGCGCACGCACGACAGGAAGGAAAAGGCCGCGAUCGGCCGAAAGUAUCGGAACGGACCGACCGUGCCGGUCGAUCCGGGAAACAAACGAUCGGCCUCGGCCAAUUCUUCGCCGAAAUUUGGCCGACCAAAUCGCACGACCGCGACAAAACCAUCGGCCCAAACUUUUCUCGGCCAAGCUAGGGAGUAGUAGCUCCAAUGCAAGAGCAGCAAUACCAACUUCACCACAUUCCAUUGAUGCAAAUCAAGAACAUGUGGAGAGUCCAAGAGGAGAAGAUGAUUGGGCACUUGUAAGCUUUGUUGGAGAACAAAUCCAAGACCCAAGAAAGUGCAAGAAGGCAAUGGAGAAGGUGAACAUCGAACCUUGUGUGAAGAUGGACACCCAAACCCUUGACCUUCUCAAGAUAAGAGAUGAUGUCACAUGGUACAUAAGGAAGCUAGGCUUGAGCAAGCUCUUCAAGCUAGAGUGUAGCGAUGCCAAUGGGCGCAUCUCCAUCUCAGCUCUAUGCCAACUCUUUGGACUUCCCAAUGAGACAGCACAUGACUUCAAGGAGAACUCAAAGAGGAAACAAGCUGCCUUUGCUGAUUGGACACACUUUGCCAAUGAACCAUUCUUGCCUUCAAGAUCAAAGGUGUCUAGAAUCACUCAUCCAGCCAUUCGCUAUGUGCACCGCCUCAUCUCCACCACUUUCCAAUGCAAACAAGAAGCCAACAAGGUCACAACUGAUGAGUUCUACAUCCUCACCACACCAUUCAUCAAGCAUGAGUACAAGGCCAACCUUGGUCUUUUACUUGCCAAGACAUUCAUCAAUGUGAGGAAGCUAGCUCAAGACUUGGAAGGCAACAAGAAGCUUUGUGUUCGUUUUGGGAGGCUUAUCACGGCCAUAGUACAACAUGUGGGGAUUGACAUUCCCAACUAUGAGCCACUACCCAAGCCAACCCCUUUGGAUCUCCAUGCCUUCAGCAAUCCACUUCCUAAACCGUUGGACUAA